UGUUGGUUAUAACAGAAGGCGAUCGCACGACUUCAUGGGCAGAAAGAAGGAAGAACAGAAACAGACAAAGCAUGGCUGAACAGAAAGAUGCUAAUCAUCUCAGAUGCUAGCAGUGAGAAAGAAGCAAGCAGCCCACGCAAAUACUUUCCAGAUCUCAAUGGCAAAAUACGCCUUAUCUACAUCAAAAACAGGGCAAUCGGAAAUGAGAAACCUUACACAUUUGAACGGACGACGGAGGCGUUCAAAUCAAUGGAUUAAAUCUUUGUACAACCUCAUCUAUGCUGGAAAUGUGCAGCAGUCAGAGCGUUUGGUUUCCAUAGUAACCACGGAAACACGCUGCCACGAACAAUAGGUAGUACUGGCUCGCGCGUUUAUUACAGACAUAAUCAUCCUAAUAUUAGCCUGUAUUAGCAUGCACUAUGCUUAGAAGUACAUUUGUAAGACUUUCUCAAAACUAGUGACAGUAGUUUACUUGAUACCAGUAGUUGGCUGCGCUGUAUUGAAUUACAAAAAUGGGGCCAGUGCACAGCAAUGUGUAUUGUGUUCUUGAGAGUCUCUUGCCUAUUGAAUUUUAAUAGCCAACAAAUUGGUUAGCUAACACACUGAGGAAAUGUAGGUCAAAGUAUAUAUCAGUUACUAUAAAGAAUAGCUAGCUAAUGCUAGAGUUCCUUUUUUGUAUAUAACUUAUGUAGCUUGCAGAGACAGCAGCUACAAGUAACAAAUAAACAAAGUGAACUGUCUGAAAACCUAGGAAGACAGUGGGGGUUGUAACAAACAUAGGGGACUGAGCAAGCUUGCCUUGACACACAUUUUUCUCUGGGGAAAAUGUACCUUAUUCAUAAAACAGAAAGUUGAGCUCGCAAAAUGAUUAAAGGUAAAGGUAAGCCAAAUGUAUAUUUCUCAGUCAUCCAACUUUAAAGAAGCAAUCAGCAGUGGUAACAACAGCAGAUCCCUGACCUUUUUUCUGUAAAAAGAUGAGGGAUAGGGCUGGAGAAAUGUAACCACUCUCAAAUUCAUAGACAGAGCUAUGGAUGCAGGACUGACCAUCCAUGCAUGAUAUCAAAACUAUAGUUUUAACCAUGUUUUGAAGCUAUAUAGUGUUUGUUUACAUUUACUUUGUUUACAAACAUUGAAAUAAAACAAGCUUAUAUUCUGGGUUCUGAUGGGGGAUGACAUUUGAACUAGCUAAGUUAUAUUAAGUUAUAUUCUUAGUUAUAUUCUUCAAUAAUGAAUGGGUACAUAUAAUUAAUUAAUAAGUAAAACAUGUUUUACUGCUGAUUGCCCCUUUAAGAGUGUGCUUUAUCAUUCAUUUCAACUUUAACAUAUAGCUUUGAAAUAUUUUGGAGAUAAUUUGACAGGCUCAAUUGUGUUACUGUAUUAGCGGAACUAGAGCCACUAUAGUGUUACUAUAGUUGCGGUACAGCUCUUUGUGUUAUUGCCCUAAGAGCUUGGCUACUUAUGCUAAGUUUGACUUCUCAUAUUUCAAGUUCACAUUGGUUAUUCUGGUCAAUUUUGUUGUGGUAUUUUAAUAAAAAAUAAUCUCUCAUUUUAAACUAUGAUUCUAUAUAACAUGUGUUUUUCCCCCCAAUUGUGGACAGCCAUAUGAACACUAGUGUUAAUCACUGGAGAGCAGGGGGGCGUGAUCAUGACAGCCCUGGGACCUGCUGGGAUAGGAGGGGCGGACCUGUGCCAAGAAGGAGACAAACUCUUAGAGACUGGAGAGUUGGGGAAAGCCACUGCUCUGUACAUAUCUGCCUUCAAGAGCCAUGCUGGAUCCACCAUUGGUCACAUGCGAGGCCUAGGGGGUUCCAGGUUGGCUAGGGUAAUCUCCACUCUGGAGACCUGGCUCAAUGGUCAUGGGGAGAUCCAGGCCUCCAUGGAGGGCCUCAACAAAGGCCUGGCAGCUGUGUUCCUAUCAACACUGAGCCCAAACAAUGUGUCUGCCUCUCUUUUCAAAAUGGAGUCCAUACUUCAGGGUGCCGGUCAGGGCUGUGACGAGAUUGUUGUACGCUGCUCAGCUUUGCUCGAAGGAAAGCAAAACCCAUGUCGAGAGGGUUCCACUUGUGUGGUUUUGGAGUUAACUAGAGCCCUCACCUGCUUGCUCUCAGACCCCUACAGUCCCAAAGGCCCUAGGCUUUAUCUCAAGGCUUUCCAAGACAAUAAAUUGGAGACUGUAAGACUGGUCAAGGGUAGACAAGCUCAGCACCUGCCCAAGAUAGUGAAGGCCUUCUCUGAGCAGAUUUUGCCAAAAAAUACUGAAAUGAAGUCUAGGGAGAGAGCGAGUGAGGUCAUCGGCAUUGUAGCAGAAGCUGCCUCUGAAUUCCUUGAGUUCUUAAUGGCUGUUUCGCCAGGUGACACAGAUGUGCAAGAGCUGCAAGCAACCUUCUUAUUUUCAUUAGGCAAGUUCGAAGAGAGCGCAGAUGUUUAUUCUGUUGCCUUGCAGGAUCAUUCACAAUCACAACCAAAGUCAGGUACAGGCAAGGUGGUUAAGGGGAUGCCAGCAGAAAGAAGAGCCAGUCUCUUGACCGGUAGAGCGGCCGCCCAUUUCUCCACAGGGGGGCGAGCCACGGAGUCAAGCCGGGACCUUGGUGAGGCUUUUGGAGUCCACCCUGCCACAGCACGACUGCAGUUCCAGAGGCUCUUCGUGGACCAGGGGACAGGAGCGGCAGCCCGCAUGCAACUGCGUCAGCAGGCAGAGAGAGGACUGUUGGGGUACAGGGAGACAGUCCUGGUCCGUCUUGACCUGCGGUCCUCUGAGGGCGUGGAGCUGCUGGACCCAGUGAUCGCCCAGCUCUGGGCGCUGUGCCACCUGGAGCCCAACGGGGGCAGCAGAGAGUUGCGGGUGCGGCUGGCCGAGUGCCUCCUCCUGCGGGGCGAGUUCCGAGAGGCCCUCUCCAUCUGCAGCCAGCUGGCGACCCACACAAACUCCCACACUCAGCAUAGCUACCAGAACACAGUGCAGGUGCUGCACGGCUACUCCCGUCUUCUCUCAGAUGACCACAAGGGGGCCCUGGAGGACUUUCAAACGGUGAUCGAGCACAAGGCACCCCACCCUUCCAGCUGUGUGCGGGCGCUGUGCGGCAGGGGCGUCCUGCGCAUGAUGGGGGGCCUGCACUACCUCACAGCCCUGGACUAUGUGACGGCGAGCAGGUUGCAGCCCCAGGACACUGCGCUGACCGUACGCUGCUUGGUUCCCUGGAACUGCCGCGGGCUGCUGCUCACCGUGCUGUUGGAGCAGGCCAGGGUCAUGCUGGAGGAGUGGACCGUAGAUCACAGCUCCAGCCUCAGUCCCUUGGAACAGCAAGAGCACCAGCAGACCAAACAGCUACAGCCUACGCAGACAAAAGAUGGCUACAAAGAAGGGACACCAGUUGGAGUCCACUCUCUGGCUGUUUUGCUGAUGGAGUUACAGCCCAGUGCUGACGCUCCUCAGAUCCUGGUGGCUGAUGCCCUGUACCUGCUGGGCCGGAUGGAGGAAGCGUAUCGCUUGCUGUUGGCCAUUGGGCCCACUAGCCCACGUGCACCCAUCCUGGCCCGCCUCACCCUGCUACAACUGCACCGGGGCUUCCUUUAUGAUGCCAACCAGGUCCAUCAUUAUCUGCUGAAGAAGCUGAUCCAGUGUGGUGAUACGAGCUGCUUGCGCCCCCUGCUGGCCGUGGCGUCUAAAAAGGACCGGCUGCUGCUGCAGGGCUACUGCCACUCUGCCUCCAAACGCAUCCUGGAGGGCCUGCAAGGCGAGUGCACCCUGAGGCAGGCCGUGGCCUAUCUGUCCAUCGCCAUCAUGGCCUCUGGAUGUGAGGCAGCAAACUCAUUGAUGGAAAGGGCCAGGUGCUAUGUCUUGUUGGGCCAACGCAAGACGGCCAUCUUUGAUUUCAGCUCCAUCUUGAAAGAGCACCCUGACCAUGUACAGGCCCUCUGUGGAAGAGGCUUCACCUAUCUCAUGCUAAACCAACAGAAGGAAUGCACUCAGGAUAUACUGGCAGCACUUCAAAUAAGCAUGGACGCCGUGACCAAAGACAUCCUAUCGCUCAAAGAUAAGGCAAGGAAACUGGUCUGUGAUUGGCUGCAGCAGUACUGCCGGACCAAUCUGUCAGAGAUCCUGGCGGCUAAGUCCGUCCCCUGCCAGGAAGAAGAGCUUCGAGAGGCCUUUCUAAUUGGAGGAGUCCUGAUGAGGACUGACUGCCGAGACACCAGAUGUCAUCUCCUCUACGUAGAUAUACUACUGGCCAAAGGUGAGGUGAAAUCAGCAGGAGCUCACCUGGCUCAGGUGUUUGGCCAGGAUCCCCGGGAGGCUGCAGCUCAGGCCAGGGUGGGCGUGGUGGAGGCCUGGCAGCAGAAUUACCGCGGAGGCGGCGCCAGGUUGAGCAAGCUGACCGAAAAGGAACCCUCUACUCUGGACUUCAUGCUGACCCUCAUUCCCCCGAUUCACAGGAAACGCAUGGCACAAGCAGCAGCCCAGGAAGCAGGCAGUGUCUCAGCGAGUGGCCAUUGGGAGCAAGCCCUGGCCCUUCUGACUGUGGCUGUGCGAGCCGCGGCAGAGCUUCGACCGCAGUUUCUGCGCCAACGGGCUGCUUGCCUCGCCCAGCUCGACCUGCAUGAACGGGCUGUGGCCGACCUGGACCGGGUCAUCCAGAGCCACGGUGACCCCUCCGACGCUACAGUCUCCGGAGCCCCAGACGAGCCUCACGUCUGGGCAGAUGACCUGUGUCAGCGAGGCCGCAGCCUGGUGCUGUGCUCCCACGAGGGGCCCGCCCUGGACGACUUCAGCCGGGCCCUGGAGCUCCACCGGGGCCAGGCUUUGCAGUGUGUGGAGGCCGGGCUGGGAAGGUCCCGCCUGGCCGAGUGCUUCCUGCGUAUGGCCCUGCAGCACUACGGAGAGCAGCAGCUCAGUAAGGCCUGGAGGUUGACCGAGAGCGGCCUGUUGGUGGACAGUGAGCACAUGGAGCUGCGCAGGCUCAGGGCCAGGGUCAAGCGGGAGCACUGCAGCCCCUGCAUUGUACACUAGAUUAGUGUACCUUUGUAGUGCCUUUGUCCCUUGAGAUACCAUUGUACUGUACUUUGGAAGAAACCAUUCCAAGUAAAGCUCACUUAAAGUAACUCUAUGACAAUUUGUUUUUAUGUACACUAAACCUCAGUUGAUUGCUACCGCAAAAAUAUUUAGAAUAUCAAAGGGGAAGCUGCAUUUAUAUCUUAUUCAGAAUGAGGGCUAAUAGAAUAAAUAAUGAGCAUUUCCCUUGGGUAGUAUUUUUGUAAACAUGGAAAAGUCAUAGAAUUUAUUUGUAAUAUGUGAGUAUUUUGCAAUCACAUUCCUGACAUUUAAUAGGAAAUGGCGUGGAAACAAUGGAUAUUCCUGGGUGCUUACUUCAAUUAAAUAUACUUGAUACCUGGCCUAUAUGGUGCCUUGUGGUGGUUGAAAGAAUCCCAAAGGAACAAACAAGUAACACAGGUUAUUUCUGUGUAAUUACGUUGGACUAUUUUACUACAUAACUAGUAAGACUGUAAAGAUGCAACUACACACAACAACUUUUGUUUUAUUUUUGUGUAUUUUUGAAUUCAUGUGUAAUAAACCAAAUGUCUUCGACACCAA